AUGUUAUACAUAUUGAUCCUCACCCUCUUCUCGCUAGUGCGAAUCUCCCAUUGCAAUAUAAUGCUCACUGAGCCACACCCACCCAUAGACUUUCAUACUGUACCGCGUAGAAAUCUUAAAAUGCAAGGGCCCAAACUAGAUUCCUCUAUGGAAAGAGGACCUAUUAACAAAAAAUUAUCACAGAUAAUUCCAAAAUGUGCACAUUUGAAGUGUAUCUAUUCACUGGCCGGUGUCUAUGGAUCACAAGCAUUCUUUACCACUGCCUCAUUCUGUUCCAUAGCAGGAAUGAUACAGUAUCUUCAGUACUUUCUCAAUAUCUCAUGCAAUGAACCAUUAUCCUUUUUAUUUGGUCUAGUAACUAUACUACUUGGAGGAAUAUGCUCUCAUAAACUGGCAGAACUUAUCACGUACCGGGCGUUGGCCAAACUUGGUGAUAGGUAUAAGACCAUAGGGUUCACCAGACUACUUGUCUAUCCUAAUCAAAACCAUUUGUUAGAUAGUCAAAUGAUAAAUAAAGGAAAAAACAAACAUUUAGUGUCCAUUAGACCCACUAGGAGCGAAAUAAUUGGGUGCUCGAUUUCAACCCUUAUCGCAUUUUAUUCAUUUGGCGGAAAUUUAUACUCUUUCUCUCCCAGUUCAUUAUCUAAUCCUGGCGCAUUUUCAGUUCUAAAAAUUGCUAGUUUGGCUAAUGGACCUAAAUAUGCCUCUGCUAAGCAAAAAGGGAGCGUCCAGGUUGUGGGCAAGUUGUACGGUUGUCAUACUUGUGGCAAUCGUAAAGCAUCUAUGUAUAUCUCGGACCACCAACCACCCAAUGCAAUAGUUUCCAAGUACAAUGAACAAUUUUUCCCUAAGGUUUUGCACAAGAUUGGCCUCACUUGGUCCCCACCGCAGCAAUAUUUCUAUCCACACUGCAAAAAUUGCAGCCAGGCACAGGCACAAGCCAUGCAGACACAACGGCGCGUACUGAUUACACAUGCAACAGAACUGCGCGGUUACCAUUUGUGUGCCAUUAGUUACCUAUUUUCCCGAGCUUUACUACAAACUAGAUGGCAUCUAUUAUUCCAUAAUUAA